AUCCAGAUAAAGCAACAAGCGCGCGCGGCCAUCUCCACCACCAAAUCCUCCUCCGCCUCGAGAUCCCGUCGCCCCUGCCACCCACCGCCUCCCCGCCACCAUCCACCUCUUCGUCGAGGAGCGCGCGCGCGGCCGCCAUGGGGUUCUGGGAGGCCUUCCUCAACUGGCUCCGCAGCCUCUUUUUCAAGCAAGAGAUGGAGCUUUCCUUGAUUGGGCUCCAAAAUGCUGGGAAAACUUCGCUUGUGAAUGUCAUUGCUACAGGAGGCUUUAGUGAGGACAUGAUUCCUACAGUAGGAUUCAAUAUGAGAAAGGUGACCAAAGGAAAUGUCACAAUCAAAUUGUGGGAUCUUGGAGGACAACCAAGGUUCCGGAGCAUGUGGGAGAGAUACUGCCGUGCAGUUUCUGCAAUUGUGUAUGUUGUUGAUGCAGCAGAUCGUGAGAACAUGGCUAUUGCCAAAAGUGAGCUCCAUGACCUGCUGAGCAAGCCAUCUUUGACUGGUAUCCCUUUACUGGUCAUUGGCAACAAAACUGACAAGCCUGAAGCUUUCCCCAAGCAAAGUUUCACAGAAGUGAUGGGCCUGAAGGCAAUGACUGACCGAGAAGUGGCCUGCUUCAUGAUAUCAUGCAAGAACUCAACCAACAUUGAUUCUGUCAUCGACUGGCUCAUUAAGCACUCAAAGAAGAAGAAUUAAUCUAUUGAUUUUGAAGUGCUCCAGAUUCUCUCUCUAAUUUUUGAAUGUUGCUUAGCAUUGGGGAUGUAAAUUAUGUGAGAGGUCUUAAUCAGAGAGGUUAUGUUAAUAAUUUUGUAACCUGUUUUAGCAAUAUAUAUUGUUAGACUGCA